AUGGCUUCCGGAGCUCCAGGCGGCAACUUCAAAAGUUGGACACCCACACCUCCCGAAAGAGGAUCCUUUCCUUUGGAUCACUAUGGUGACUGCAAAGACCAGAUGAUGGAGUACCUCAAGUGUAUGAAAUUCACAGAGAACAAGAACGCACCAAACUGCCGAAUUCUCGCAAAAAAGUACCUUCAAUGUCGUAUGGACAACCAGCUUAUGGAGAAAUCCGACUGGGAUUCGCUAGGAUUGGUCAAUCUACCCGGAGAAGGUUCUUCAGAGUCCAAAUCUGCUGAUUCCAAGACAGAAACGAACAGUUCUUCAAAAGACAACAGUCCCCCAAAAGAUAACCCAUCAUCCCUGUAA